AAAAUAAGUAAGAAAAUGAUUUCACUUAUUUUCCGUGGUACACACUUUUCUUCAUACCAAAAUACCCUUAAUCUCCUAAUAUAAUUGAUCUUUUAUCACUCCAAAUCCACUGCCCCUCAGCCUCUGAACAAAUGGCUUCCAUUAUCUCUAUAACUAUUAUCCUCCAAAUAUUUUUGCAGAAUUGUCUAGUUCUUGCUACUCCAAUUCUUGGCCAAAGUAGAGAAGCUUUGGAGAUAAUCAUCGGUGGAGGUGGCGCAAAUUCUCCGCCACCACCUCCCCUAGACAAUCAAGAUUGUCCACCACCCCCUCCCCCACCUUGCCCUCCCCCACCAUCACCGCCAUUACUCCUCUUUGAAAGUAAACGCAUAGAGAUCGCCUACCAUGCUAUCCAAAAGUUUAAGCCCAAAAUCGUGAAUGACCCCCAUAAUAUUAAAAACACAUGGGUUGGCUCUGAUGUUUGUAACACUUACAAAGGUUUCCAUUGUGCAAUUGUUCCUGACCUUAAGGAAAAAGCACUAGCUGCUGUUGACUUCAAUCAGUUCGAAUUUGAUGGACCUGACCUUACUCUUGAUGGCUUUCUUGAUGAAUUACCAGACAUAACAGUUUUCCAUGCAAAUUCCAACAAAUUUAAAGGUACAAUCCCCAAAAAAAUUGCCAAUCUUCGUUAUCUCUAUGAGUUAGACCUUAGCAACAACAAUUAUAAUGGUGAGUUCCCAUGUGAUGUUCUUGGUUCCAAGAAGUUAUAUUUCUUGGACCUUAGGUUUAACACGUUUUCCGGGUUGGUUCCACCUCAAGUUUUCUUGCUAAACCUUUAUGCUUUGUUCAUCAACAACAACAAUUUAAUGCAAAAACUUCCUGAUAACUUGGGAUCAACUCCAGUUCGUUACUUAACAUUAGCCAACAACAAUUUCACCGGUCCAAUUCCUCGUAGCAUUGGCCAAGCUUGUGAAACAUUAAGCGAAGUUCUGUUCUUGAACAACCAGCUCACUGGAUGCUUGCCGUAUGAAAUUGGGCUUUUAACUAAGGCCACAAUUUUCGACGCAAGCAAAAACAAGUUAACGGGGAAAAUACCUCAUUCAUUUGGAUGUUUGGCUAAGAUGCAGAUACUAAACUUUGCACAAAAUCAGUUGUAUGGACCUGUGCCUGAACUUGUAUGCAAGUUGUCCAACUUGCAGAAUUUGUCAUUGUCAUACAAUUAUUUUACUGAGGUUGGGCCAGAAUGCAAGAAGUUAAUUCAAAGAAACGUUCUUGAUUUGAGGAUGAACUGCAUUCCAGAUUUGCCUAUGCAAAGAUCAAAAGCGGAAUGUGAUGCAUUUUUGUGUAAGCCUAGAUCAUGUCCUGAUGAAAAGUCAUUGGGAUUUGUUCCGUGUGCAAUUGGCAAAUUUGAGCAGAAUCAACUGGACUCAAAUGAACCGGCUCCAGCACCAAGAACUUACAGUGCUUUGAAACCGCAUUCCUUGUAAGCGCCCUGUUUUCCAUGUCUGCAUAAACUUUUUACUAGUAAUAAAUUAAGACAGUGGUAAAUGUAAAUUUGGCAAGUUUCCUAUGUUUAUUGAUGCAGACAUAUUAUGUUGAAAUUAUAAGCAAAUAAUUAUGUA